GCUAAGGGACUGAUUUUUAUCUUUGACCGGAUCGAGAAGGGGAGGAGGCACGGAGAAUGAGUUAUUCUUGUAGCAGCACAGAGCCUGUUUGCUGUGCGGUGUAUUAGCCAGCGCGCAACUAAAGGCUGCGACGCAAGUAAAUCGGCUCCUGCGGCGACGACGCCGAGAGCAUCAGAAAGCCUCAGUUCCUGUCAGGUUGCGCACCGAACAGCCCUCUUCUGCUGGACAUGAAAGUGCAGCAAGGCUGCAACUCAUCAGACAUGGGGAUCCCGGUUACAACUGAAGAAGAAUUGCGCAGAAAUACCGUAAUAACGCCCGAGGAUGUGCUUGGGCUACAGAAGAUCACCAAGAAUUAUCUUUGUUCUCCAGAAGAAAAUGUCCACAUGAUUGACUUCACCAGGUUUAAGAUUCGUGACAUGGAAACAGGGACAGUCCUGUUUGAGAUCACCAAACCUCCAACACCAGCGGGAGACAAAAAGCACUGUGACCCCAACGCCGGCCGUUUUGUCCGAUACCAGUUCACCCCAGCCUUCCUGCAGUUGCGGCAGGUUGGAGCCACAGUGGAGUUCACAGUGGGAGACACACCCAUCAACAACUUCCGCAUGAUUGAGAGACACUACUUCCGCGAUCAGCUGCUCAAGAGCUUUGAUUUCGAGUUCGGCUUCUGCAUGCCCAGCAGCAAGAACACAUGCGAGCACAUCUAUGAGUUCCCCGCACUGUCUGAAGAAAUCAUGCAGGAGAUGAUCCUGCACCCGUAUGAGACGCAGUCUGACAGCUUCUACUUUGUGGACAACAAGCUGGUGAUGCACAACAAGGCAGACUAUUCCUACAGUGGAGGGCCAUAGGAAGACCUGCCACCACCCUUUCACUCCUCCCUAUUCUAGACAUUUUCCACGAUCCAUGUACCACUUCAGGACCAGAAACAGAUGAACUGAUGGACAAUUCGCUGGCAUUAAACUCUUAAACUCACUCCUGUUAACUCCAUGAAUUUCCAUUCAGGUAUUUAGCUGCCAGACCAAUAGAUUUCUCUCUCUGCAGGAACAUCGAAUUCUGUCAGAUUUAUCAUCAGUUUGCAUCUGUGUGUGUGUGUGUGUGUGUGUGUGUGUGUGUGUGUGUGUGUGUGUGUGUGUGUGUGUGUGUGUGUGUGAGCGAGUGUGUGGGGAGCAAACACAUGAAGUGUCUGUACAUACUGUUGAUCUCAGUCUGUAUAUGUGGGUUCCACUUGAUCAUCAGGAAAACACUGAUCAAUUUACAUUUUGUGUGUGUGAGUGUUUUGAUAGCUAAUAAUAUGAAGAGAGAAAGGAGACAGUGAGUGCUGUUUGUCUUCACUAAACCAGACGAGGCAGAAAACACACCAUGAGACGAAGAGAGAAAUGACGUUACUCUAAAGAAGUUAAAAAAAAAUUUAAUCCAUUCAGAUGUACAUUUAUAUAGUUUGUAUAGGAAUGACAUUACAUUUUCACUCCUGAAGUUUCUUAAAUUUCUAGUAGCACACAUCCGAAUGAAUUCUCCCAUGAUCUUGGUCUGUCAUCGUUCAUUUGAGUGACGAACAGAAAUGUGUACUUUGUCAAUGUGAAUGUGUCAUUUGUUGUAUGUUUUCAUGUUCAUAGUACUACUAUUUCAGGAGUAUUUUUUAAAUAAAUAGCCAUUUUAAAUUGUCAGAAAUCCUACAUUAGCCAAAAGUCAGAUACCAAUUUUGAUAUCCAGUACGUGCUCUGUAGUACUGAACACUGUGUAUACUUAAUUAUGAUAAAUGUUUUAAGUAUAAAAUGAAAAAGUAUGUAAAGUUUUGACAGCGGAAAUUCCAUCACUGCAAUAAAUAUGGGAUUUUUUCGAAA